AUGCCUCUGGGCACAGUCUUCGCUAGCAUGCCUCCGAAUCUUGAAGUGUUUGUGUCGCAUAACACUCGCCCUCCGUCUUCUCGACCCAGGACGUCCACCAAGAAGACACAACACACCAAGAAACGCACAAUGACAUAUGAAGAUGCACCGGAUGGUCGAGAGUGGACGGACAACGUUCGUAUGUGCCGCCAUUAUGCUCCGAACACGAAUGCGCUCGGUGUUCUGGGAAGGCUACCCAUCAGAUACCACGCAACGUUUGGCUACGAUCAUGAACAUCCAGCAUCAGGAUCUGCACGAGUUAUCGAAAGCUCCCGAGACCCAGAGGCAAUGUUUGCCAUACCGUACCACGAAGAUCAUCGUGAUGUCGAUGGUCAAGGCAUGGUCAGAGGAUGGCCGUCCGGCGCCACGAAUUCCAGGUCGAACAAUCCAGAGUGGCAUCAUACUGAGAACCCUGACCAACUACCAUGCACUCAGCCUGAGGAAAUCGGUCCAGCCCUUCACGACAACCAAAUAGCAACAUGGUAUGAUGUCCAUUAG